GCUUUAAAUUUCGCGCCUAAAAUCAUACUCUUGUAUGUUCCAGUCUCGCUUUAUCUCGCUACAGACGUGGCAAAGAACGAGAUGGCGAACUGGGCUGGGUUUUCCGACGACGAUCUAAGACGAAUGAAGCGUCAAAUGUCUGGUAACGAAGAAGUAAAGCCAGCAUCCAAUGCAAAACAAAAUCCAACAAAGAAAGUCAUGACAAAUACUAACAGACCUCGGCCCAGAGAGAAACUUUCCAAUGGUAGAAUGGCUAAAACAUCCAAUCAAGAUACUCCAACCAACCCUGAUGCAAUGCUUUCCAAACCAACACCUAAAGAACAAAGUCCCACUCCAUCCUCCAAAACAUUUAAUGCUGAUGAUUCGUCAAAUAGAAAACGGAAAAUGGAGGUUAAAUCAUCCACAGUGCAAAAAGAUGUUGUUAUGGUCUCCGGUGAUAACUCCAUAGAGCCUAAUGUUGAUCACAAUAUGCCAGAUAAUCAAGAGAGCCUUACUGAAGAAAUUGAUGUAAAAGAAGGCAUGAGCCGAGAGUUGAACAAAAUAGAAGUAUUCCAGCAACAACAGAAAGCAAUUGAAGAAUUAAAUAGGAAAAAGAGACAGAUGCUUACGAAUGCUAUUGCAGAGAGACAGAAGAAGGCAAAGAAGGAAGCAAGCACACUGACAGAGCUGACACGAGAACUUGGAAAACUGGACCAGUUGUUACAUAGUGAUGUGUCUGUACUACGGGAUAAGAUAGAGGAAGCCAGUAGAGAGUUCACUGAAGCGCAGAAAAGAUAUGAAAGAGCGGAACAGGAAUUUGUUGAUGCCAAGAUCCAUCUCCACAAAACAUCUGACUUGAAGGAUGAUCUUGUUGAACAUUUAUACAGCAUAAUUCACCAAAAUGAAGUGAGGAAGUCAAAGAAAUUGGCGGAACUUAUGGACAAAUUACAUUUGGCCGACUCUGAAGAACUUGGGCUUGAAUUAUUGAAUAAUAUUCCAGAUAUGGCUCUGUUGAAUGACCUUCAUUCAACAACUGAAAACAGUAAGACAUUGACAACAUCAAAUCUUGAUAAAAAGAUCAAACAAAGAACUGCAAGUGACUCUGGAUCUCAACAAGAAGCUGUUAUAAAACAGCCAUCUAGUGAUCAAAAUCAGAAGGAUGUACCAAAAUCUAGUGAUAAAAUUGAUGAAAAUAGUAAAACCAAACCAGGAGAUGAACAAAAACAGAAAGAAGCUCCCGUUGAGAAAACUGUUGAAUUAAACACUGAAAAUAAAACUGAAUCUGUGAUAAUGAAAGAUCCAGCCACCAAAAAGAUGGAUGCUGAUAUUAAAGUUGAUGAAAAUGUUCCACCUAUCAAUCAAGAAGAUGAAAGUGGGACAAUGAAAUCCGCAGAGAAUGCUCAAAUUGAUAAAAAUGAAAUAGAUAGUGAAGUAGCGAAAUCCAUUGAAAACACAAAGGAAGAAAAAACAGAUACAUAACACAUAAGAUCUCUUCCAAGGGUUUUGAAUACAUUAAUUCAGUCAAAAUACUUCAAAAUGUUUUAGCUUCAUCCAAAUCAAAAUUGCAAAUUUUCUUUUUCAAAUAAAACCCUUGAGAAGAACAGAUGUUAGAUACAUGCAUGUCUUGAGAAGUCUGCAUUUUAAUUGGAGUUCUGAAGAGCUAAGUACUUGAUUUGGAUCUGAUAUGAGAUAUUAAAUGGAAAGAGAUGUCCAGAAAGUAUCAGCUCAAUUAAAUAGAAGGUAUAAGAGGCUGGUAUUUCAAGUGUCAAAAGAUGGCAGCAUAAUAAGAGAAGAAUAUCUUGUAUAUGAUGUCUUCUGUAUGCUUAGUGGUACAGAUAAUACAAAGGUGCAACAUGUAAAUGGUCUUCACUACAAUACUCACAAGCUAAAGAGAAAAAAUGCAAUGCGUUAAUGAGGCAGAUGACGUCAUCUUAGAAAUGUAUUUUAAAAAUACUAAAGUGCUUAUUUUCUCCUUGAGAAAUGCUAUUUUGUAUUUGUAUUGAUAUUGCUCUUCCUCAUAAAGUUAUUUUGCACAGGUAUGAUAUUGAUAUGAAUUGUACCCUCAGAUAUUUCAGAUUAUUAAAUGAAGUGGUUCAGAUGUACUUAAAAUUAAUAUUGGUAGUAAUCGUUUUUACAAAAAAAGUAAUAAUAUACUUUCUUGUUAAAAGUUAUGAGCUUUGGCUCAAGAGAUUCUCAAGUCUGGACUUGAUAACCUGAAAUAUUUAUUAAAAUUAUACAAUCACAAAUUGUAGUCACAUUUUCACAAAUGAUUCUCUGUACUUGUUACAUUCACUGUUUUCAAGGAUUGGCAUUUAUAGUAAAACUAUGUUUAUAUGAACUUAAAAUCCUUGAGGUAAAUCAUGAAUCACACUUAAAGACUGACUGGCCCUGAAUGAGAACUAUUUUACUCUUUCAUUUGACAAUUCAAAUUGUCAAUUAUUUUUGUAUACCGCCACUGAGUGUGGCAUUAUUUAUAUAUGGAUCUGUGUAUAGGGGGAAUUAAUUUAAACAUGGUAUACAAUAGGACACAUGUAUGCAAUAUAUACAUUUGUACAUUAAAGACAUAUGUACAAUAGAAUGCAUGUAUGCAAUAGAAUACAAUACAUGUACACAAUGUGUACAAGUGUACUAUACCAUGUAUUCAAUAGAAUGUAUACAAUAAGAUACAUGUAUACAAUAGUUACAUGUAUGAAGUGGGUUGUUGCAGGCAGGGUGCCUAUUUGGUAGUUUUAGU